UGAGCGGAGCGACCAGCGGCUCAUUCCAGCACGGUCAACCCAGCCGGCAGCAUCACCAGCGGCCCUUUCUUUGCCAAACUCAAGUUUACAAAUAACCACAGUGUCGCCCUUUUAUUUAUUUUUAGGUGAACGACUUUUUUUUUUUGGUCUCGUCAAGUUGUUAAAGCGUCUCUGUUCCAAUUUUGUCUCAAGAGACCAGGAAACAAAAGUUGCAGUGUAGCCCGGUCGCGCUAACAAAGAAAAAAAAAAUCCUUUCUCUUGAAAAUAAUCCCCCACUACUCGUUAGUUAUGAGUCAUGUGGUCGUCGAUAAUCCACACGGUCUAGAUCAGCAGCUAGCUGCCCUAGACUUGAAUUCCGUUGAGGGACAAGGUGGAGGAACUGGCAGACGUUACAUUCCACCUCACUUGAGGAACAAAGAUGGCCCCAAAAAUGCAGGAAAUGCUUAUUCCGCUGCUAGACAGUGCAGUUAUUCAGUGGCACCAGUAAAUAUCUAUUCAUCUGGAUGGGAUGGUGGACGCAGCAACGGUUUUAUGAAUGGCUACCACGACAACCGUGCAAACGGGGCCUUUGGAGGACGCGGACCUCCUCGCCAUGAUAGAGGUUUCGGGGGUUACGAGAACAAGGACGGUAACUGGGGCGGGCAGCCCAGGGACAGUGCCUUCAACAGCUUUGGGGGCCGGAACGACAGGUCGAAGUCGGCCUUCUUUCACGAUCGUGGAGCGGGCUCAAGGGGAAGGUACGAACGUGGCGGCUUUUCUGGCGGAGGACACAGCCGUUGGUCAGAAGAGUCCAGAGACGAGGAUUGGUCCAAACCGACUGCUCCCAAUGAGCGUCUAGAACAUGAGCUCUUCUCCGGCAGCAAUACCGGGAUAAACUUUGAGAAGUACGAUGAUAUUCCCGUCGAGGCCACCGGAAGCAACUGCCCACCCCACAUUGAAAGCUUCCACGACGUGGACAUGGGAGAGAUCAUCAUGGGCAAUAUCACCCUUAGCCGCUAUACACGUCCCACUCCGGUCCAGAAGCACGCUAUCCCCAUUAUCAAGUCCAAGAGAGACCUCAUGGCCUGCGCCCAGACUGGAUCUGGAAAGACUGCCGCUUUCCUGCUGCCUGUGUUGAGUCAGAUCUACACGGACGGGCCAGGAGACGCUCUGCAGGCCGCCAAGAAUAGCGGACAGGAGAACGGAAGAUACGGGCGCCGUAAACAGUACCCGAUCUCCCUGGUCCUUGCCCCCACCAGAGAGCUGGCGCUGCAAAUUUAUGAUGAGGCCAGAAAGUUCGCCUACCGCUCACGCGUGCGCCCCUGCGUGGUAUACGGCGGCGCCGACAUCGGCCAGCAGAUCCGAGAGUUGGAAAGAGGAUGCCACCUGCUGGUCGCCACGCCGGGUCGACUGGUCGACAUGAUGGAGAGGGGCAAGAUUGGACUUGACUACUGCAACUACUUGGUGCUGGACGAGGCUGACCGGAUGUUGGAUAUGGGCUUUGAGCCACAGAUCCGACGCAUCGUGGAGCAAGAUACUAUGCCGCCUAAAGGCAUCCGUCAGACCAUGAUGUUUAGCGCCACCUUCCCCAAGGAGAUCCAGAUCCUGGCUCGCGACUUCCUGGAGGACUACAUUUUCUUGGCCGUCGGCCGUGUCGGGUCCACCUCGGAGAACAUCACCCAGAAGGUGGUCUGGGUGGAGGAGAAUGACAAGAGGUCCUUCCUCUUGGAUCUGCUCAAUGCCACAGGCAAAGACUCGCUGACUCUGGUUUUUGUGGAGACCAAGAAAGGUGCCGACGCUUUGGAGGACUUCCUGUACCACGAGGGCUACGCCUGCACGAGCAUCCACGGCGAUCGCUCCCAGAGAGACCGCGAGGAGGCUCUUCACCAGUUCCGUUCGGGACGCUGCCCGAUCCUGGUGGCGACGGCUGUGGCCGCUCGAGGUCUCGACAUCUCUAACGUCAAGCACGUCAUUAACUUUGACCUGCCCAGUGACAUUGAAGAGUACGUUCACCGUAUCGGCCGUACGGGACGUGUGGGCAACCUCGGUCUGGCCACGUCGUUCUUUAACGACAAAAACAGCAACAUAACCAAAGACUUGCUGGACAUUUUGGUGGAGGCCAAGCAGGAGGUCCCCUCCUGGCUGGAGAGCCUGGCCUACGAGCACCAGCACAAGAGCAGCAGCCGCGGCCGCUCCAAGAGGUUCUCGGGCGGUUUUGGUGCUCGAGACUACAGGCAGACGCCGGGAGGUUCCGGAGGCUUCGGCGGCAGCCGCACGGGCCGUAACGCCGGCGGACACGGAGGGAACCGUGGCUUCGGUGGAGGGGGCUUCGGCGGAAACUUCUACAGCAGCGACGGCUACGGAGGAAACUACAGCCACUCGGGCAGUGUGGACUGGUGGGGCAACUAGUCUCCAGAAGAGUAGCUUGCCAUACCACCCUGAUGGGAAACCACAUGUUAAGAAAAGAAAAGAAACACAAAAGCGCCAGACCAGACACACAGUACGUACAUUAGCAGGCGGGCCGUCAGCCGGGGGCACGGCGGCGGGGGCGCACCUUCAAGUUCUGGCGUCGUUGGGGGAGAACCCAUGCCCCCCCCCCUGCCCCCUCCAAACUGCCAAAGCGACAAACCAGAGGAUCACUUUCUGUUCAUUGAAUUGAAAUCAGUCUUUUCAUUUCAGCAAAUGGGAAAAUGUUUACUUUGGAAAAUCUUAGCUUAAGAAUCAAGAGACAACAAGCUGGUAUGUGAUCAAACCUUGGCAAAAAACGUGGGGCGUUGUGGCUCUCUGGAGUCACGAUUCCAUUUGAACCUCAAAUUUUCUAGCAAACAGCGCCGCUGUGAACGAUCCGCAUUUGACUCUCUCUUUUCUGCUCACUCUAUCCUGGACGGGCUCCUUUUUUUUGUUUUUUUUUUUUUUUUUUUCCUCUCUCUCUCUCAAUUUGACCACCCAGGCCGCGGCGGUCGCCCGCUUCAACGUUGUUUUUCCUUCUCCUAUUUCAAUCGACUUGACGGCUCCCGCGUUAGCGAGUGGGAGGGGCUUGUCUUCACUCUUUUUGGUUUUGUUUUUAACUAAAACAUUUUCAGUGUACAGUUUUUUUUUUUUUUUUGUGUGUGUGUGUGUGUAUGCGUCCUAACAAAAAGCGCCUGCAUCAAUGGUAAAAGUGGGCCGUCUUCAAAGGACCACUGUCGGGGAGGCGAGGGGGGGCCCAAUCUCGCACCUCAAUGGUCCUCAUGUGCAAGUGUUAUGUUUUUUGGUCAAGGUGAAAGGUCACGUGAGUCGCAGGCUUUGCAAACAUUUUCUCUUUUUCAAGCGGCGUUUGAGGGGGGUGGGGGUGGGGGUGGAGCACAGUUCGUCGCUUUAAACCAGGCGUGGUCAGUCUGAUCGGGGGAGGGGCCGGCGGCGUUAUUUUUCCUUACACUCUUUGUGGGCUUCGUAAAGGUUUCCUGACACUGCUUUGAAAGUUGACUGUGGGUGGGGGGGGGGGGCAAAGUGGGAUGGGUGCAGUUGUCAUUGGUGAAACCGCAAAGCCCCCUCCCCCCCAGUACCGUCUGGUGCGGUCCGUCGCAUGUCAGCACGAUUCUCUCUCGUCAGGUGUGUUGUGCCUUGAAAAUGUUUUUUUAAAUCACGAAUGAAAGCAGAUGCACUGAAGACGUCGAGAAGCCGAGGUCCAAAUGGUGCUACUCGAUUUUGACUCGUUUGUGCCCAUCACGUUUUACUAGCGUUCUUUUUAUUGCACAUCUAGUUUUAUAUAGAUGUCUGGCAUGUGUGUCCUUAGGCUUCCGAAGACAGUGGAAGGAGUUAGAGAAAAAAAAAUAAUAAUAAAAAUAGACAAAACAAUGCAGCUUGUUUACAAACGUUCAAAAGCAGGAUUUAUUUGGGACCAGGGGGGAUGUACCGGUGGGGGGGGGGGGGGGGAAUUUAGCCAUUUGCACAGAUUUCUAGAUUCUAUUUUGCUGCUAAUUUUGUGUAAUUUAUUAAGCAUUUUUGAGAAAUAUUUAUUUUUGUAAGCCUCAAAAGUGAUUCUUUGAAAGUUUCAGAAAACUUGACCAAAAGACAGUACAUUAAAAAAAGAGAAAAAAAAAAAAACACUGGCACUUGAAUGUUGAAUGUCACCUGUAUGCGUGAAAUUUCUAUAUUCCGGGUAGUGUGAGCUUUUUAACGUUGGAUACAUCAGACUGUGAUUACUUGAUGAUAAAAUCCACAGCUGUGUUCAGGGCCCCCACGGGGCUGGUCAUACAUCCGAUUUAUUCAAACUCUCUCAAUUGGUCUGGGGGGGAGGGGGAGGGGGAGGGGGAGGGGGGGUUGGGUGAGGGGCUAAAAAUGUAGCAAAUGGAAUUGAAGUUCAACCAAAAAAAGAAAACGAAAACAAAAAACAUGCCAAGGUUUGGAAUCAAGCUGUCAAAAGAGCAAAUGUGUUUCCUAAGCGUAGUGUCAAAAAAAAAAAAAAAAAAAAAAUUCUCCUACUGUGUGCAUACUAACGUGAUUUGGUCCAGUGAACGUCUGGCACAUGGCAAUCUUCAAAGAAACAAAGAACAUGUGGUUUAUUGUCAUUGUUGUAUUUGCAUUCUAUAUUAGCGCGCCGCCCUCCACCCCCGUUCGGUGGCGGAAGCGCGGACGGAGAUCUUUAGACGUAGAUUUUGCUUUCUGUAUUAGCUUCCAGGCUAAUGCGCAGUUUGGGAAAGGACUCUGCUGCACACUUGUAUGAUUUUAUCCGAAUAAAAUGUUUGAAUGCAAAAGUA